UCAAGUGACCUUUCCCCACUUUGGCCUUGUGUAUGUAUGAUAAGAAGUCAAUAAAAGGGGAUGAAUAUUGGUGUUCCUUGCACCACCAAUUAACACUAUCAUCGUUAAUGAAACCACAACAAAAACCAAGUGAUUUGCUAACAACUACAAAUGCAUUUACUGUUUUGCUAAAAGCAACACGGACAUCUCCUGAUAUUUUUGGAAUGUGACAAUGCGGAUUUUGCGAGUUUACGUAGCCCCAAAAUCUACAAGGACUCGGACAUUUCCUUAUCGUAAGUCAGCUUGGUUUUUCUUUCAAAGUCCGUCGACCUCGAUCAAGCAUUAUGCAAGUUCAAUGGACAGAAGAGCUAACGCACUUUGACUAGUGCCGGCCUUAUUAGUACAACACGCAGUGUCCGUUCUCGCAGAAUAGUUCGAGGCACAAUACAAGCGAUCAGUGUUGGUGAGAGAAUUUCUAAAUUCUAACUUUAAAUUUAAAGAUGAAACCCAUCCUUGUGACGAUCAUUCUAGUGGCGCUCUGCUUGAUUUUUGGAAGUGAAGGUUCUUAUUUCUCUUGGAAGCAAUGUUCUUCAACGGCUGACACAGCACUCCAAGUUGGAGAUCUGAGCUUCGCCCCUGACCCUAUUAAGCUGAAUGAUCAUGUGACUGUGGACUUGGGUUCAGAGGUUACAAGAAAUGUCACGUACCCCUUGACCUUGACCCUGACCAUCAACAAGGUGAUGUUUUGGGGUUGGAAGAUGAGGAUACCAUGUUUGAGUUUGCUCUCUGGUGGUCUACCUAUUGGAAGCUGUGAAUACGAUGUAUGCUCAGCCAUGGAGCAUCUUGAAACCACCUAUGGUUGCCCCAGUGAGUUCAAGAGUAAUGGACUACCAUGCCGCUGUCCCUUUGCCUCAGCUGGCUCAAGCUACAAUACCGCUAGCACAGAACCUGUUCGUUUGUUUCUUGAUACAACCAGUCUUCCAUCCAUCAUGACACCAUUCCUUAAUGGGAGGUACCACAUAAUAGCUGAGAUUACUGAUGGAAACAGCAAUAAAGUAAUGUGCGUUGAGUACAAGAUACAGAUAGGAUGAACUGGGAUGGGAUGUAAGAAGACAGUCUACUGAAAGAACACCUGAAAAGAUGCUUUGACUUCUUUUUCUGACUGUGCAGUAUCUUUUACCAAACAAUCAACAAGCAAAAAGUGACCAUCUGUUAGGCUGAUGUUCAAAACACAUAAAGCCUUGUAUUUCGUAAAUAUUUUUCUUAAACAUCUACACACUCAUGAGUCACUUCACAAUAUGGAAAUGAAAUCAAACAAAAAAUUCAAAACCCGAGAAAAGCUCUUAAGUUGUGAAACUGAAUAUUACAUUAUUUCAUAUCUUAUUUUACAGUCCAUUUGUAUGUCAUAUGGGCUCCAGCCUCUCAGUCAAUCGAUCAUUUCACUCUAACCUUUGUUCCUUUUUUGACCUUGAUAGACCGUUCUCUUAUUGGGAGGCCAAAGUUUGAAAGAAAUUUAUUCUUGGUAACAGCUUUUGCCUUAAUAUGCAUUAUUUAGCAUUCAGUAGAUUGGGUUUUGUGUUUUGAUGGCUGAGUGACAUUUUUUUAACACAGUCAAUUAUUUGCCACAAUACGGGUGAUUCACUAUA